UUCCAUCUUCUCAAACACAUGAUCAUCUAUUUUAAACAAACUAAACAGCAACCUCCCUCUACACACUCUGCUGAACCACAUAGACAUAUCAAGGAUUUACCAGGUACACUACCAACAUCCCCUGGGAUUGAGGUUGUGUUUACUCACAGCAACCUCCCUCUACAUUUUGCUGAACCACAUAGACAUAUCAAGGAUUUACCAGGUACACUACCAACAUCCCCUGGGAUUGAGGUUGUGUUUACUCACAGCAACCUCCCUCUACACUCUGCUGAACCACAUAGACAUAUCAAGGAUUUACCAGGUACACUACCAACAUCCCCUGGGAUUGAGGUUGUGUUUACUCACAGCAACCUCCCUCUACACUCUGCUGAACCACAUAGACAUAUCAAGGAUUUACCAGGUACACUACCAACAUCCCCUGGGAUUGAGGUUGUGUUUACUCACAGCAACCUCCCUCUACACUCUGCUGAACCACAUAGACAUAUCAAGGAUUUACCAGGUACACUACCAACAUCCCCUGGGAUUGAGGUUGUGUUUACUCACAGCAACCUCCCUCUACACUCUGCUGAACCACAUAGACAUAUCAAGGAUUUACCAGGUACACUACCAACAUCCCCUGGGAUUGAGGUUGUGUUUACUCACAGCAACCUCCCUCUACACUCUGCUGAACCACAUAGACAUAUCAAGGAUUUACCAGGUACACUACCAACAUCCCCUGGGAUUGAGGUUGUGUUUACUCACAGCAACCUCCCUCUACACUCUGCUGAACCACAUAGACAUAUCAAGGAUUUACCAGGUACACUACCAACAUCCCCUGGGAUUGAGGUUGUGUUUACUCACAGCAACCUCCCUCUACACUCUGCUGAACCACAUAGACAUAUCAAGGAUUUACCAGGUACACUACCAACAUCCCCUGGGAUUGAGGUUGUGUUUACUCACAGCAACCUCCCUCUACACUCUGCUGAACCACAUAGACAUAUCAAGGAUUUACCAGGUACACUACCAACAUCCCCUGGGAUUGAGGUUGUGUUUACUCACAGCAACCUCCCUCUACACUCUGCUGAACCACAUAGACAUAUCAAGGAUUUACCAGGUACACUACCAACAUCCCCUGGGAUUGAGGUUGUGUUUACUCACAGCAACCUCCCUCUACACUCUGCUGAACCACAUAGACAUAUCAAGGAUUUACCAGGUACACUACCAACAUCAUAAUUAUAAUCCCAUGUCAGCUCAGAUCCAGCUCGCAC